GUCAGCUGAUCUCCACGGGUUCUAGCGUUUGCUGUCGACCUUCAGUGCAGCGGCGUUUUGGGCCAUCUUUAUUCACGGAGCGGUUUGUUUUCCUCCUGAACCAUGGCGAGCCAGUCUCAGGGCAUUCAGCAGCUGUUACAGGCUGAAAAACGGGCCGCGGAGAAAGUCGCCGAAGCCCGGAAACGGAAAAACCGCCGCUUGAAGCAAGCCAAGGAGGAAGCUCAAGCUGAGAUCGAACAGUACCGUCUCCAGAGGGAAAAGGAGUUCAAGACCAAGGAAGCUGCGGCACUGGGUUCUCACGGGAACUCGGCCGUGGAGGUGGACAGAGAGACCUCGGACAAGAUGGGCCGCAUCCAGAGCAGUUACCAGCAAAACCGAGAAGCUGUACUGAACAACCUGCUGAAGAUGGUGUGUGACAUCAAGCCAGAGAUCCACGCCAAUUACCGCGUCGCUGGAUAAACCUCACAAAUCUCUCCACCGUUUUCAGAAGAAACACUGAGGCAAAGACUGCCAUUGUACAACCGUAAAGAUGUUCCAGCCAUACGUACAUGUUUAGUUACAGAUCUAACAGAUAGUUAUAAAGCUGUGAGUCAUACAGCUAUCAGUUGUUUACUACCUUUCAAAAAAAUACACCAGGUUUUAGUCAGUCUCCAAUUCUCUCAAAUUACAAAUGUUUUGUUUCUACCUGCUGUAGCUUUAGAUGAAUUAUAUUUAUAUUUAUAUUGUUUGAUGGUGAUGGCGGUCCUGCAGUGGUUCAAUGCAUGUCUUUGUCUCUGCGUCGUUAGACCUGUAGGAUCAUCAGUGUUCUGUUUGGACGUGAUACCAGUACGUAUGUCUGUCUGUGCUAUGAUGUGUGUUGUUUAUAUUAAUUAUUAAAAAAAAGGGUUUUAUUUGAUUGCUGCAUAAAACUGGAUAACUACAGAACCCUGGAGCGGCCACAAAAAGGUUUUUGUGUGUGUGUACGUAAAUAUCCAUCACGAAUAGAUGCUCCUUAACUAAAGUGUACGUUGGCAUGAUGAUACCAAAUUUAUUUUCCCAAGAACACAAAGUAACAAAUUGACUGCAAGAGAAAAGUAAACUGCACGGAUGUGUUACCAUUUUCCGAAUUCAAUUCCUCGUGUCCUGUUAAAUUGUAUGAAAGAGGAAAAAAACAACUUCAUAGCCACUACAGGGUCCUGUAGAAAGUUUUAGCUGAGAAAUAUGAAUUCAGCUCAUUGCUUCCUUUUCCUCAAUGGCUUCUUUCUCUAAUGUGUACCUGACAUUCCUCUGUUAGACCUGGCUGUGAAAGUACAGUAAAUGAUAAUAAAUGGUUCUGUGUGUCA